CUCUCCUCUCCUCUCCUCUCUCAUACAUUAUACAUUUGCAUCCAUUCAAGGCUAGGAUGAAUUACUUCAAUAUUUGAUUGAUGCCAAACUCCAGUCAAUCACUUUAAACUUUGAAGUUUCACUCGCUCACUCCAUCCCUUUCAAUCCAAUCCAAUGCUUUGCCUCCUUAUUUCUUGUGCCUCUUUCAUCCUCCUUUCUAAGUCCUUCACUCACCACAAACCAAUAUUACAAACAUGGGAGGAUAGCCUCAGAUUAAUCUCACUCAAGUUUUUGGGUGGAUUUUUAAGUUUUCUCCCCAAAAGCAGGAUUUCACUCCAACCCAUCACCUCCAAAUUCAAAAAGAUGGUGACUUUUGGCUCAAAUGUGGAGGUGGAGAGAGAAACUAGUCUCUCUCUCCUGGAUUUGCCUGACUUGGCCUUGGACUGCAUUCUUGAGAGGCUUCCCCCAUCUGGGUUGUGCUCCAUGGCAGCAGUUUGUGCUUCUUUGAGGGAGAGCUGCACAAGUGAUCACUUGUGGGGGAACCAUAUGAACCACAAAUGGGGUCGACUUAUAGGGCCUGCUGCUUACAGAGAGUGGCAGUUGCAUGGGGCCUCAAGAAACAGAAUCAGAAAUUACUCCGUUCGGACCGAGAAAAAAGGUCUAAUGGAGUCCCUUGAGGCUAGUAUUUUGCAUUCCUCGUGGAUUACUUGGCAAAAAUUAACUCCAGUAUGUAAAGUGAAGGCUAGUACGAGUUGUUUAUCGGUCGAUUCGAUCAUGUCUCUGUAUCUCUCUCUUGAAACUGGCAAGUUUUGGUUCCCGGCUCAGGUCUAUAACCGCGAGAACGGUAAUGUAGGGUUUAUGCUGUCUUGUUAUGAUGCACGAGUGCGCUAUGAUUCGACGACAAACACAUUUCAAGCAAGGUAUUCACCUUACGGGCGGAGGGCAACAGAGGAAAAUAUACCAUGGGAUAGACUAAGAGCGGCUCCAGUUGAUACUCCUCCUCACAAACUUCAUGUCUCCGAUUGUUUACAUGACUUAAAACCCGGUGAUUAUAUUGAGAUCCAGUGGAGAAGAAACAAAGAAUUUCCCUACGGUUGGUGGUAUGGUGUCAUUGGUCACUUAGAGUUUUGCGAUGGGAAUGAGAAUGGCUGCCGUUGUCACUGCAAUGAUAUAGUAAAACUGGAGUUCAGUCAGUACACUCCUGGUUCCCGAUGGAGAGAAAUGACGAUAAACAGGAAGGACCAUCGCGAAGAAGGCAAUGAAGCAGACGGCUUCUAUGCAGGAAUCCGAAAGAUUUACAAUGAGGAGGAAAUUGCAAGGUGGAAGCGCUUAUGGCCGACCCAAGUUCUGGGAUAAACCUUCCACUCUCAAUCCUAACCACACUGUAAAUAUCAAGCCCCCCCCCCCCCCCUUCCCCCUCUCUUUUUUUGCUGUUGACCCGUGCCUAAUACGAUCCGGGAUUAUCCGGAUGCAUAUAUAUACAUCAGUAUUCUCAAAGCACAAGGUCCAGUUUACUCCAUCGGUGAGAGGACAUGAUAUAGGCCUGUUUGAGCCACGGAUGAAUUCUAAAUGCUUGGCAUCGUGAUCCGUAAUUUUGACAAAGAAGGUCCAAGCUUUUUCAGUGAAGUUGCAUGAUUGGUCCGAGAUACCUAGUCAGGCUCAAAACUUUAAAUUAAAAUAUCCAAUCCAAGGUCCAUUACCAAUCCAAAGAGAUCAAGGUCUGUGGUCCACAAACGAAGAGUGUUGUUGGCCAAGAGAAAAAAACUCACAAGUGAAAACGUGAGGAUAGAGAAGAUCAAGGCUCGGCCGAAAAGAGUAACUGAUGUUUAAUUCGAGGCAAUCAAGGUCCAUGUUCACCAAAGAUUUUGGUCCCCGGUCUUUUGAGAGAAGUGCAUGGAAGAUCAUCACAUCCAGAAAUUCCGAUAGGCAAGAAUCAAAGACAAUCAACUCAAAAAUGCAUGAAGAUUCCAAAUGAGCUUAUUUUGCAGACAUCGUAUUACAAGAUUAAGGGGGCCGCGAAAAGAAGAUUUGCAAAUUCGGAAAACUUACGAGCCAAAUAAUGGCUGAUCCGGGGCCAAUGUUGCCCUAUAAUGUGAAAUUUAAAGAAAAUAAGAGCACAUCUCAAUUGAAACGCAAAAGCGCAAUUCAUCUUGUUAUUCUUGAACGUUUGUGAUUCUACAGACUGUGUUUAGUUUAUGGAAUCACAAAAGAUAUUCGGAGUUUCUUCGGCAGAUGGAAUUUUUGCAUUUUUUUUUUCUUUGAGAAAUUCUGGUUUUCUUCGGCAAAUGUAUGUUUUGAAGUCGGGAAUUGAAGUUCAAAUGGGAGCUGAAGUUGAAUUUUUA